AUCGCUUUUCCGUAGUUCACCAAGUAACCGUGCAGCUGGUGCUUUCAGCGUUCAUGAAUCACUCCCCGCAACUCGACAACUUCUAGGCGUACCACUUGCAAAUGGAAAGAAGCGAAGAUGAUGAUGGUACCUCUUCAAGACUUGGCGCUUAUCCUCGAACCCAAACGUGGGAUGCCGACGAGGAGUACGAGCAGCUCGAUGCCUCUGCCGGCGGUUCGAGUGGUCGGCCUCCCAAGAAGCAGCGUGUUGGUUCCCUCAGCAAUGAACUCUCGAGAAAAGAGCCCAUGAGAAUAGAGAAAUACGCGUCAGACGGCAAAGUCUAUCUCACGAACAAACCUAAAUUCUCCGUCGAAUUACUCCCAAACUCUCACAACCCCGCCGAGAAAGCAGCGGGGAGCCGAGCAACGCCCGACAACGUUCAAUCAAUGCUUCAUAAGCAGCUACGCCUGGCACUGGCCGAAAAUGAAAAGUUGAGGGUUUCUAAUGCCAAAUUGGAGAAAGACAAGGGAAUAAUGCAGGACAAGAUGCGCACUAUACAAAGACACAACGUGGAAUUGAUGACCUUAGCGAAAAGCUUCCGCGCACAGACCCGCAAGACGCGCGACAGCUUUGACGCCCUUGGACAAGGCUCUGUCAGUUAUCCCUUCGCAUCCGCUCCUCCGAUUCACAGGCACCAGGAAGGUCGAGGCUCUCUUACUGGCGUUAGAUCAUACACAGCAGCACCUCCCACCGAGCCACGUUUCCUAGCACGACCUAUGGACAAGAGUUCUUCUACCAUUAUAGGCACCCAAACGCAAGAGAUGGGCCACUCUUUCCAUAUUGAACAUCAAUCUGCAGGUCGCCAUCUUCUCAUCCAAAACAUGCCGCAUCAUGAGCCGGAGAUGGAAGGGCCGUGUAUGGACACAACACAGCAGUCAUAUGUCCCAUCCGAAUGAUCCACCCGAGAUACUCGUCGCGGAUCCUACCCGAGCUCAAAGCCAACUUGGUUCCUCUCAUGACAAGGCAAAUUUCUCUCAUUUUUGGGAACUGAAAUCUUCUCGUCUAUCUCCGAUGGCAUGGAAGCCAUAGUCAGUUUCACAUAAUUGUCCUCCGCCGACCGCAAUAUCUCAAAGCAUAAUUACUCCUGCAUACCACUUCCGUCACCAAUUUACUUACACA